UGAAAUAAUGUGUUUCAAUUUUUUUUUUUUAAAAAAAAGUCUUCUCAUUGUAAUUAAUAAACCCCUUUUUGUCCUUACUUUAUUUGAAUCUCACUCUCUCUCUCUUCUUUCUCUCUCUCUUUUUCAAACUCAAACUCAAAAACUGAUUCAUUUUCUGUGUUAUUUUUUUUUUUCAGAGUUUCAAAAAUCGAAAAAAUGGGUUGUGUUUCUUCGAAUCUGUUAAACCAUGAAGACGAGUUCACUCAACUCGGAAGCUCUGCACUCAGUCACCACAUCGUCUCACUCACUUCCUCAACUUACGGUCUUCUCACUCUGGACCCACCACAACAACCACCGCCACGUCAUCAUUCCUCUACUCCGACCACCCCACCACUCCGUUUCAAAAUGGGUUCCACAACCCACCCCAGCCCACUUCCGCCAGAGCCCAAAUCACUCUGGGCCGACCCGAGCCCAAUGCGGACCGACCCGGAAGUAAUCAACUCCUGGGAACUCAUGGCUGGUCUCGACGCCGACAGUUUCCGAUUCUCCAAUAAGGAAAACUCAAACCCGAACCCGACCCGGUUAAACCGGGUAAACGGAUCCGUUACUCUGAAAGCGCGAUUCGAAGAAACUGCCGCGGCGGAGAAGAAGAGGAAUCUUCUCGAUCGGUACGGGAAGGUUUGUCCGCCGAACGGCGAGGGCAAAGUGGUCAUUUACACGACAACGCUGCGUGGAGUUAGGAAAACCUUCGAGGCUUGUAAUGCGGUGAGGGCUGCGAUUGAGGCCACCGGAGUUAUAAUCUCGGAGCGAGAUGUUUCGAUGGAUCGUGGGUUUAGAGAUGAGCUUAGGGAUUUGAUGAAAGAAGAAGAAAGUAGGGUUGUUGUUCUUCCCCAAAUUUUUGUGAAAGGGAGGUAUGUGGGUGGAGUUGAAGAGAUUUUGAGAAUUGCUGAAGAGGGUUUGUUGUUGGAACUUUUUGAAGGGUUACCGAAGAGAAGAGGUGGGGAGGUUUGUGAAGGUUGUGGAAAUGUGAGAUUUUUGCCAUGUUUUCACUGUAAUGGGAGUUGUAAAGUGGUUAUGGAGGUUAAAGAAGAAAUGGGUGGUCAAAAACAGGGGUUUUCUUCUUCUUCUUCUUCUUCUUCUUCUUCUAGCUCUGUAGUUGUGAAAUGCCCAGAUUGUAAUGAGAAUGGUUUGGUGCUUUGUCCAAUUUGUAGCUGAGAAUACUCUCUGAUCAAUCGAAACGGUUCUGGUUUAAUAAGCUAAGUAUAUUUCUUCUUCUUCUUCUUCUUUGUCUUUUUUUGUUUAGGUUAAUGGUAGUAAGGUAUAUGAUGAAAUUCCUCAAUGAGUUUUUUUUUUUUGUUGCUAAAAUGGAAAAUGGGAAAUGGAAAAGAUUCUCUCUUGCUUUUUUGUUUUUUGUUUUGUGUUUAUAUAAUAUGGGAAUCUUGUAAUUUUGUUCAAUAAUGUAAUGGUUAAAAGGAAGUAGAGCAUAGUUGUUGGUGAUAA